UGGGCGGAGCCAGCACCGUCUGGGCUGUGGAAGCGGAGGGUGGGGACACUCUGGCCCGGUUCUCGGUGGUGCGGGAGCGGGCGGGAGCAGCGGCCGCUCUGGUCGGCGGACGUGCUGCCGAGUAGUCCCGGAAGCGAAGCAGCGAUGGCGGAGAGUCCGACCGAGGAGGCGGCAACGGCGGGCGCCGGGGCGGCGGGCCCCGGGGCGAGCAGCGUUGCUGGUGUUGUUGGCGUUAGCGGCAGCGGCGGCGGGUUCGGGCCGCCUUUCCUGCCGGAUGUGUGGGCGGCGGCGGCGGCAGCGGGCGGGGCCGGGGGCCCGGGGAGCGGCCUGGCUCCGCUACCCGGGCUCCCGCCCUCAGCCGCUGCCCACGGGGCCGCGCUGCUUAGCCACUGGGACCCCACGCUCAGCUCCGACUGGGACGGCGAGCGCACCGCGCCGCAGUGUCUACUCCGGAUCAAGCGGGAUAUCAUGUCCAUUUAUAAGGAGCCUCCUCCAGGAAUGUUCGUUGUACCUGAUACUGUUGACAUGACUAAGAUUCAUGCAUUGAUCACAGGCCCAUUUGACACUCCUUAUGAAGGGGGUUUCUUCCUGUUCGUGUUUCGGUGUCCGCCCGACUAUCCCAUCCACCCACCUCGGGUCAAACUGAUGACAACGGGCAAUAACACAGUGAGGUUUAACCCCAACUUCUACCGCAAUGGGAAAGUCUGCUUGAGUAUUCUAGGUACAUGGACUGGACCUGCCUGGAGCCCAGCCCAGAGCAUCUCCUCAGUGCUCAUCUCUAUCCAGUCCCUGAUGACUGAGAACCCCUAUCACAAUGAGCCCGGCUUUGAACAGGAGAGACAUCCAGGAGACAGCAAAAACUAUAAUGAAUGUAUCCGGCACGAGACCAUCAGAGUUGCAGUCUGUGACAUGAUGGAAGGAAAGUGUCCCUGUCCUGAACCCCUACGAGGGGUAAUGGAGAAGUCCUUUCUGGAGUAUUAUGACUUCUAUGAGGUGGCCUGCAAAGAUCGCCUGCACCUUCAAGGCCAAACUAUGCAGGACCCUUUUGGAGAGAAGCGGGGCCACUUUGACUACCAGUCCCUCUUGAUGCGCCUGGGACUGAUACGUCAGAAAGUGCUGGAGAGGCUCCAUAAUGAGAAUGCAGAAAUGGACUCUGAUAGCAGCUCAUCUGGGACAGAGACAGACCUUCAUGGGAGCCUGAGGGUUUAGACCCUGCUCCCAUCUCCCCUUUCCCCCACUCAAGAGUCCCAGCAGAAUCCCUUCCCCCCACCCCAGGGAUGGAGAGGCACUGUGUAUCUCCCUCCAGACUCGAAGUCAUCCUGCAAGAUGGCAAGAACCAAGCAAGCUCGGAUCCCAGGGUGUGGGAGUGGGGGCCUGUUCCCGGUCUCACCUCCUUGGCACUGGAGCAUCUGGGGCUUUGUUCAUCCAUUCAUCCCGUAUCAGGGGCCAAGGUACCUUUACAGGAGCACCUAGAGCGAGGGCCUUUGGCAAAAACAAAACAACCAACACACCUCUCCACAGGGCCAGCUCCUUAGGGAUAAGUGGAAGACCGAAAUUGCAAUUCCAAGAGGGAGUGUGCCCAAAUGAUUUAUGGGGAUACCUGGAAGGGAGCUUGGGGUGGGGGCUGUCUGUGACACUUAAGCAGUCUGGGUGGUUGUCUAUUUGUCUGUCUUCAGUCUUGAAGCAGGGCUUCCCAAUGCCCUUUUCCUCUCUGCCUUCCUUCCCCCAUUAUUUCCCACAGGCCAGCAUAAUUUUGUUUUUCCUAAUUUAUAGUCACUGUUCUAGACAGACCAAAGAGAAGGAACAGUGGUGGAGUCUAGGCUGCUGAUCAGUAAGCUUUACCUAGCACCUGAGCACCUUUCUCCCCUCCCCCCUUUCCUCACCCUUUUCUAGAUGUAAGACAGAAGGUAAAUGUGACUGGGACUUAACCAAGGUCUUGGUAAAGCCUGCAUGGCACCGUAAGAAGCUGAAAAUACUGUUUGUUCCCACAAUCACUGAUUUGAAAAGUUCCCAACACAGGCAGCUGCUGUGUAUAUGGGAUUAGAGCCACUACAUAGAAUAGUCUCUUACAGAUUUUCAUAAAUACUAGUCACAAUAAGGGUAUUUCUCUUGGGGGUGGAGUAAGGGGGAGACUGAUGCUAGUCCUUGUUGUAUUUUGUUGGGCUGUCCUUGUGUAUUUUCACCCCAGCCUGUAGUCCUCCUCACUUCAACCCCAGGGAUUUGUGGGGAGCAAGGGUAGCCAGUGGCAGAGGGGGUUCGGGCUGGGACUCUGGAGGCUCCUCCCCUUCUUUCUCUUCCUUCCGCCUCCCCCGUGCCCCCAGCUGCUCUUGUCACUGGCUCUGAUGGGUAUUUGCCUGGCUAUGUUGCUUCUCUAUCUGUAUUUAGCUGCAGUGAUCCUUUAGCUGGUUGGCUCAGAAAAAAAAAAAUGUGCUUUAGGUGCCCUGUAAUCCUGGGCAUCAAGGGAAUCCAUCCUUCCCCUUUUUGAUAUGUUCUCCCCGUACUUCCAGAUUUAUUGUUAUGGCUCCCAGUGGGUAUUGGCGAUUCUUGUGAUGCAGGGCCUCAGUCAGUGUCCAGCCAUGCAUAAGGGAGAGGAUAGUGUGUACCUGCCCUGCCCUCUGCUAUGAAGGUCUCUGCCUUGUGGAUCAUGGGACUCCCCUUGGAGGAUCUGUGCAGAGGGGGGCUGGGCACAAAGGAGAAUGUCCUAUUUGGGAGGGCAGGAAGCAAAGGAACUGGACAGUGAUUGGUGGGCUUGGGGAACGGAAGUUUAUCUUGGAUACCCUUGAAGAGGCUGGGUCUCUUCACAUGAAGAUCGAAAAGGGACCCUGCUUCCAAUUUCCCUCUUCCAUUCCUCGAGCUACUCUGGGGCUUAGAAGAAUGCUCUUGGUCUGUGGGUCCAGUGUUCUCUGUCAUCCAUUUAAGUGUUCCCACUUUCAAGUGACAAUCCUCUCCUUGGCCCUGCCAUAGGGCAGAGCAUGUCUGGCAUAGCAGCCUGACUUUUAUGCCCUAAUCUUGAGUUGAGGAAAUAUAUGCACAGGAGUCAAAGAGAUGUCUUUAUAUCUGACUGUAUAUAAAUGAAGUUUUUUUGUUUUUUUGUUUUCCUUUUUGGUGCAAUAAAGUUUGUUUUGGCAGAA